AUGGGUGGAGUCAAUAAUGCCAAAGAUUACAUUGAGACCAUGAAAUUUGGUCACGUUGAGACAAUUGAUGGCUCCAAGAACACGCCAGUCAUCACAAACUCGCUGCUGCAAGGUGGGAUCGUCAGUGUGUAUUAUCUAGGAACGCUCGUUGGAGGGCUCGCUGGAGGGUGGGUAGGGGAAAAGGUAGGGAGGAUCAAGACCAUCGCCCUCGGUGCGGCAUGGGGCGUAUUGGGAGCUUCGCUGCAAUGUUCGGCCCAGAAUCAUAUCUGGAUGAUUUUUGCUCGACUGAUAAACGGCUUUGGAACUGGAAUCUUGAAUGCUAUUGUCCCGGUCUGGGCAACGGAGUCCGUCCCACAUACUAGUCGAGGCCAGUUCAUUGCCAUUGAAUUCACGCUGAACAUAUUUGGUGUCGUAGUUGCCUAUUGGCUUGAAUUUGGUCUUUCAUUUAUCGAUGAUGGGGCCUCUCAAAUUAGAUGGAGAUUCCCAAUUGCUUUCCAAAUUAUUCCCCUUCUUCUCCUGUUUACAGCUGUGUGGUGGUUCCCCGAAUCACCUAGAUGGCUCGUGAAAGUCGGGCGAGAAGAAGAAGCACGCUUUAUUCUUGCACGACUAAGAGGUGACGAAGGCGAAGAGAAGAUUCAAGCAGACGCAGAGUUCCAGGACAUCCGGAAUGUGUCACGUUUAGAAAAAGAGGCUGGAAAUAGAACAUCAUACUUCUCGAUGCUGACUGGACGAGGAUCUGGAGAUUUACAUACCGGGAGGAGAGUGCAGCUUGUGGUAUGGUUACAGAUCAUGCAAGAGUGGGUUGGGAUCGCCGGAGUCACGAUUUACGCCCCCACAAUCUUUCGUAUCGCAGGAUUCAACACCCAGAAGAGCCAAUGGAUAUCAGGUCUUAACAACAUCUUCUACAUGUUCGCCACCCUAAUCUGCGUCUUCACACUUGACCGCAUUGGCCGCCGCUGGACACUUUAUUGGGGCUCGGUGGCUCAAGGAAUUGCCAUGUUCCUUGCGGGAGGCAUGUCUCGUCUUGGAAUUGACGCUACAGCAGCAGGCGAAACCGCCAAAGCAUCCCAAUACGGAGCAGCAGCAGCAUCGAUGAUAUUCAUAUUCACCUCCGUUUUUGGAGCGACGUGGUUGACUGUUCCUUGGCUGUAUCCAGCAGAGAUCUUUCCCUUGGAAGUUCGAGCAAAGGGCAACGCGUGGGGUGUUGUAGGGUGGAGUAUUGGGAAUGGAUGGCUGACCCUCUUGUGCCCGGUGAUGUUUGACAGCAUUGGUGAGAAGACUCUAUACAUUUUCGCAAUCUCCAAUGUCAUCACGAUACCUAUGGUCUGGGCGCUCUAUCCCGAAUCGAAUCAACGUACGCUUGAGGAGAUGGACUUGUUGUUCGCUGCAAAGACCCCGUGGGUUUGGGAUGCGGAACGCAAUUUUGCUCGGUUGAAAGAGGAACACCCCGAGAUUGCCCAAGCAGCUCACACGACGACCACUCACAAUCUGAAAGCCGAGAACAUUUCGGAAAUAGAUAAAGUAUAA